AUGUUCAUCGAAGUCUCCAUUUUUGGAUCAUCAGAGUAUCCUGAAUGCGAACAUUUCACUCUCGGGGGACGGCUACAUCAUCAAGGCCAUGUUGGCACUAUCUCCGACCGCGUUGCAACAAUGAACGGAGUGAACUCAUUGUGGAAGUUUAAUGGUCAAGGCAGACCACGGAAGUGCUGGGAAUACACCGACAAGGAGUGGUUUUUGGGGUUGCUCCACGGUGACAACUCAGAGAACACAUUUGCUAUUCACGGGUCCUACAUAAACGCGCAGACCAUCAUUACCAGCACGACAAACCUGCCUGACCACAAAAACAACUUCUUCCACAAAUAUGGGACAAAAGACGAAACAGGCCACUUUUGUUUUGAUGAACUUGACAACAGAAUAUUUGCGACCGGAUGUAUUAUAAAUCCGGCAUUGCGAUUCAAUCAGCCGAAUUCAAAGUAG